AUGCAGAUUACCACAUGUAACGCCAUCAUUAGGGAAUUCUUGGGAGAAUUUUUGGGAACAUUUGUCCUUAUGUUUUUGGGGGAAGGGGCGACAGCAAAUUAUCACACCGUAGGAAAUGAGAAAGAUUGGCUUAGAUUAUGUAUAGGAUGGAGUUUGGGUGUAUUUUUUGGUAUACUGACAUCAGCCAAAUUAAGUGGUGCACAUUUAAACUUAGCGGUGACUAUAGGUCUAUCCACAAUUAAAAAAUUUGAUUAUAAAAAAAUACCAUUAUAUUUUUUUGCACAGCUUCUAGGGGCAUUUUCAGCAACCGCUUCUGUCUAUGGGCUAUACUUUGGAUUUGUUAAAGUUAACAAAAUCCCUGAAUUUUCAUGGGAAACAGGAAGAAGUCCUAUGAUAGGUUUUACCAGUGCAUUUUUUCACGAAUUAAUAUUAACAGGUAUUCUACUUCUUGUAAUAUUAUUAGUGAUUGAUGAAGACGUAUGUGGACAUUUUCACAUUUUAAAAGUUAGUACAGUAGUUGGAUUAACCAUUUUAUGUAUUGGUUUAAGUUUUGGUGGUAAUACUGGAUUUGCCCUUAACCCAUCAAGAGAUUUGGGUGCUAGAUUAUUUUCCUUAGCAGCAUAUGGAACUGGAGCAUUUACAAAUGAUAAGUAUUACUUUUUGAUACCUCUUAUAGCCCCCAUUCUUGGAGGUAUAAUUUUUAGCCAGCUGUAUAACAAAAUAAUUUCUCCAUUAAAUGAAGGGGCCAACAAUGAUAAGGGCGGUGUCGAUGUGUAA